CACAACUCAUUUACAACACAAAAAUACAAACCAGAAAUAGUGAACGUCUGCUUUUCUACCCCAUUUUUUCAUUACAUUUUACAGGGGAAAAAACUUUGAAGUUCCUUGCAGUUUCUGUCUGAUUGGAGGUUCCUUCACAAAAGCCGGAAAAUGAAGCCGGCGGUGGUCUAUUCCCUUCUGGCCACCGCCUUUCUCUUCAUCCUUGCCUUCGCUCCGAAACCAGAGAGGGGUCCUUACAGCCAGCUUCGUCUUGGUCGAUGCCUGGGUUGCAAGCACCUAAUCUUUGAUCCGUUGGUAGCAAAAAUGGAGAGAUCAUUAGAAGAAGAGAGUUGGAGUGAGAAAGAUGAACAUGACCUUGAAGAUUAUUACAAGUCUCAAAUGAAACAUGAUUGGGAUAGAAAUCCAUUUUCUGACAUUCCCGAAGAGGAUCCUGAGGACUAUUUUUCUGAGAAGGGACAGUUAAAUAUACCUGGGAGGUUGCUAGUUUUGUUUCCUUUCCUGGAUAAGACACCAAAAGAUGGGGUGAUCAGUUUUAAGGAAUUAGAGGCUUGGAAUGUUUGGCAAGCAACAAACCGGUUGAAUCAGCGAACUAUGAGGGAAAUGAAGGAACACGAUCUAGACGGAGACAAAUUCAUCACACUGAAAGAAUAUCUCCCCAAUCUCUUUGACAACAAUGAUAUAGAUAUGAAUGACAAGACGCAUGGCAAACCAGAGUGGUGGAGCGAACAGUUUAUUAAUGCAGACAUAGAUGGCAAUGGCCGUCUCAAUUUCACAGAAUUCAACGAUUUCCUGCACCCUGAAGACAGUGACAAUGAAAGUAUCCAGCUAUGGAUGGUGAAAGAAAAGAUUCAAGGCAUGGAUUAUGACAAAGAUGGGAAAUUGAAUUUCAUAGAAUUUAGUGAACGGGCUUAUGAUGUUUACAAGAACUACAUUGAAUUCGAAAAUGAUGGGAACAACUUACCAAGCGCAGAGGAAAAAUUUGCUGAGCUUGAUGUGAACAUGGACAAAUACUUAACAGUAGCAGAACUGAGGCCCCUCACGCACCACCUAAAUCCAGGAGAACUUUCUUAUGCUAGGUAUUUUACGAAAUACCUAAUCCGGAUGGCUGAUGAUGAUAGAGAUGGAACACUGUCCCUAAACGAGAUGUUAAAUCACCCUCACAUUUUCUACAGCACAGUCAUUCAUGAAAGUGAACUUGCAGAUGAUGAUUAUUCCCACGAAGAACUUCGCUGAUCCUCAGAUGUUUUUUCCAGAUCAGAACAAACACGCAUUCCGUUGUUGCUGCUUGCAAGGGUUCGCCACCCUUAUAUGGUUCAUUUUGAGUUUGUAAGAUGCUUAAGCAUCGUUACUUCUCCAAUUUUUGUCAGGAAAAAAAUGAACACUUUUUUUUUUCAUAAUUCAAACAAUCCAAAUUAUGCCAAACCCAAAAAGAAUGAUACUAGGUAGCUAGAAAUUUCAGAAGUAGGAUCAGAUAUUGUAAUCAAUUUCCUAGUGAUAGUAACAACAUAGUCUGUUUUUGUUAAGAAAUUCUCUAGAUAGAGUUAGAAAACAUGUUCUAAUUGAA